AUGGCUGGAGGGCUAGCUUUGUUUUGGGAAAAAUGGGACAUCCAAAUUCUGGUGGUCCUGAGCUUCACCCUGCAAGUCAUCCUCCUCUUGUCUGCAGGGAUUCGCCGGCAUCAAGGCUCGGCUUUGUUAAGGAUCCUCCUCUGGCUGGCAUACCUAAUGUCUGACUACACCGCCAUCUAUGCCCUUGGCCAUAUGUCCAUCAGCAGCAGGUCAGGCGGACACCAGAUCAUGCCAUUCUGGGCUCCCUUCCUCCUGCUUCACCUCGGUGGCCCAGACACCAUCACGGCCUACGCCUUCCAGGACAACCAGCUCUGGCUGCGCCACCUGCUCACUCUUGUGGUGCAAGUGAUUGGGGCGGCUUAUGUCCUCUACCAGUUCGUCGCUGUUGGUAGGAACCCUGGCACCCUGGUGGCAGCUGCUACCCUGAUGUUCUUCUCUGGCUGCCUCAAAUACGGGGACAGGACAUGGGCACUCAAGUGUGGCGGCAUAGAUAGUAUUGCAAGCUCUCUCAGCAACAAGGAAACGUCAUCACAAGUCACUGGCCCUUAUCAUGGGAGGGAGGGAGGGAAGAGACUGGACACGGAGGAGGUCCUGCUAGGAGCCCACUACAUGCGCAAUGUCUGCAAGGGCAUAUUGGCUGAUCAGGCAGUGAUGCAGAAGUCUGAAUAUGAAGUUGUACGCCAAGGCAUCCAGCUGAACGGUGGCAUGUACCUGUAUGAGUUGGUCGCGAUGGAGCUCUCCCUCUUGUAUGACAUACUCUACACGAAGGCAGCAGUGAUCCAUACCUGGUACGGUCUCUGCAUCCGGAUCAUCUCACCACUGUCUGCCAUCGCAGCAUUCUUGCUGUUUCAGUUCAGUAGCAAGGAUGCCUACAUCAGAGUUGAUGUCGUCGUCACCUAUGUUUUGCUGGUUGGAGCCCUGGUGUUGGAGAUGGCGUCAUUGCUCAGAGCUGCGGGCUCAUCCUGGGCAUGCGCGUCCUUCCAUGCCAGGGGAUGCCACCGGCUCUGCAGCAUGAUAAUGCGCCUUCGCCGGCUUCUCAAGGCAGGAGCAAGGAGGAGGACCUGCCUAGACUCACUUGGGCAGUACAACCUGCUGGAUGUCUGCACUGAUGUGAACCAUGAUGACCUCAGAGGCAAGAUCGCCAAGAUGAUCGGUCUUGGGGACAGGUGGCGGAAGCUGCAUUACUCGACCACCGUACCUGUCUCCGACGGCAUCAAGGGCUUGGUGCUGGGAGAGAUACGGAAGAAGAGCAUGGAGGACCUGAGGAAUGCACGGGCAAGUGGGUACUCAAGGAGAGAGGCAUGUGCAUCCCUACCUGCUGCCGGGGUCGUUCACAGCGUCCGAAACAAGGAGAACUACAUGUAUUUCAGUAUGCUGUGGUGGCGUGUCAUGAAGUCCACCAAGGAAGAGACCAUGAGCUCCUCUAGGUCGGCCAUCGUCAAGAAAAUAGAACGUGCCGACGGCGUCGACGACAGGCCAGCCUAUGAAGACGGAUCUUGGCUCGCCGGGAUGCUGCUCGGCAACAGGUGGUGCUUGCCCACCGUCGACAUGCUGCAGGUGAUAGCCGGUGUAUGGGUGGAGCUGCUGUGCUACGCAGCCUACCACUGCGGCGAGGAGUCCCACGCCACCAAGCUCAGCACCGGAGGAGAGUUCAUGAACGCCGUCUGGCUCCUCAUGGGGCAGGCCACGUUGUACGACAGGUACGCACCGUCUGCUGAGGCGUUGGCAGUGCUCACCAGGAGGCCUUUGCCCAAGCCCAAGCUCCCUGCCAGAUGGACGCAGCGACCACCGGUUUAG